AUGACGUCGAUAUCGGCACUAGAACAAAAGAAGAGUAAGAAGUACUCCGUACAGAACAAUGCUCGGUCGGAUAAGAUGGGCAUAGGUACGGAGUACCUGGACUAUGCAGGUAACUUGAGUACCCACUCAGGUACCGGGUACUCAGCCCGAUACGACGGCCGUCGCACCUACCGAAUGUGGAAGGGCAAAGGUUGUGGACGGUGUCGCAAUCGCCAUAUCCGCUGUGUGAUCCCAACUGGUGCAUCGGCAUGUACACCAUGCUCCCGCCUCGGUCGGGAAUGUCAAUUGGAUCCCCGCUUCCAGUUCAAGCCUGUCCAUCACGUCUACCAGAAGGGGAAUGGAGCACCGGCCAGAUUUGACCUCGAGUGGGAUAAAGAGCAGACCUGGGUGGACGUGUCACAGCCCGUGACAUUUGUCCUCGAAGCGGCGGACGGAUCAGUUGGGGAUGAACAGAUCAUUCUACCAGAGCCUCCAACCCCGGCUCCACUGUCACUAUCGAACUCUCUUUUGGAAGCGACCCAGGAGCGCUACCCGGAAACAACUCACACUGAGGAACGCAGUCAAAGAGUGAUCGAGCGUCGAUCACAGAUCAGCACAAGCAGUCCGUUUACACCAUUUUCGGAAGAGGAUGCAACACUUUCACUACGAGAGGCAUCGUUGAUGCGCUACUUUAUCCAGAAGCUAGCACCUUGGGCCGACAUAUGUGACAUUCAUUCUCAUUUCAGUACCGAGGUCCCAAGACGAGCCUUGGAGAACCCAAUGGUCUUGAAAGCAAUCCUAGCUCUCUCCGCCCGCCAUGAUGCAAUCCUGGCCAAUGAUAGCGACUGGGAAGCUUCGGCUUACCAUGGCGAAUGUUUGGAGAUGCUGAUCGCAGCAUUAGAUAAAGCCGAGGCAAGCUGUGAUGAAAACAUGCUUAUAGCAGUCGUCAUCCUUCGUAUAUAUGAAGAGUUGGAGAACAACACUGAUCAAAAGUUCCACUUGUUUGGGUCUAACCGACUAGUGAAUCUGGCGUCCCGCUCUGCAGCUUCUGGCGGGGUGGCGGAGGCAGUGAGCUGGCAGUUCUUACGACAAGCUAUCUACGCUUCGGUGGUACAGUACCAGCCUUUGCAACUGGACAUGCACACAUUUGAAUCUUCUUCAAUGCUGCAGUGCCAUGAUGACCCAGCAUGCGCCAAUACUAUCAUUUUCUACUGUGCGCGUAUUCUUCAAUUGUGCUGUGACAAGCCUGGAAGAAUCGUGGAUAGAGAAACCUGGUGCUAUAUAUCGGACCGUGUUGCAGAAUGGGACGAAGCUAAGCCGACCACUUGGCAACCGAUCCGAUACCAAGCACCUAAUCUUGCUGCUGAUCGACCCUUUCCUGAACUAUGGAUGAUAUCUCCACCAGCUGUGGUUGGGAUGCAAUAUUACCAUUCGGCAUGUAUCUUCCUUACAUUAUCCGAUACCCCAUCGCAUUGUAUGAGCGAUUAUGAGAUCGCCUGCUCAAGGCGCUUAAAAGAGAAAACUAUCGCAGAACACCUUGUCAUGGUUAUCGGGCUUUCGCUCUCCAAUGAAAGUGUAGAGAAUGCCUAUUUCAUGGCAUCACACUUGCUACAUCGCUUUGGAUAUUGUCUGCGACACAUAGUUGAGCAACAAGGAGCACUAAAAUUCCUUGAAAGAGUAGAAAAGCGCCUAGGUUGGCGCACCUCCUGGAUGAUGCGCGAACUUGAAGAUCAAUGGUUGGAGUUGGCUGCAUUUGACUCCUGGGUCACUUGA